UUUUGGCGUAUUCAGUGCUGUGUGUGAGUUCGAGCUGUGGACAGCUUUUGAUUACAUUUUUGGCGAUGAACUCACGCGACAGACUGUUCUGGACGGAAUUCCUGCUACUCUAUCGAUCCUUGCCAGCGGUGUGGAAGGUCAAGAGUCCCGAGUACAGCAGUCGGGCGCUGAAGACAGCCGGCUACGAGCAGCUGGUGCUGAAGCUGCGCGAAGUGGAACCACAUGCGGAUCGGGCACUCGUCGUCAAGAAGAUCAACUCGUUUCGAACGAACUUUCGACGGGAUUUGCGCAAACGGGAGCAGUGCGACGAGGAGCGGGAUCCGUUCGAGUCAACGUUGUGGUACUUUGAGCUGCUCGGCUUUCUCGAGGGACAGGAGGAGGGCUGCCACAAGGCUGCCAGCAGCAGUCCAGAGCAGCAAGUGCCGCCCGAUGAUUUGCAAUUUAAUCCGUUCCCAACCAGAAAGCGUCGCUUGGCUGUUAAGGAUGAAUUCCCUGAAACUCCUCCGACACUAUUACACUCAAGUUCCUCCCACACACCCACUUCCCACAGGCAGCAGCAGCCGCAGCAGCAGCGCAAGCGUUUCGCCUCGCUCUCCGCAUCGGAGGCACUUGCUCACACCUGGCGCACUCAAUUUGAUGAGAUGCCCAAGCAACAGCAGCUGCUCGCUGGCAAACUCAUCUCGGAUGUGCUCUAUUACGGCUGCAUGGAGCAAUUGAAGCCCUCGCAUGUCACCCAACUGCAGCAGAUAAUGUUGCAAGGUUGCAAUCUUAAGCCACAGAUUGAGGAUGCCAACACGCUGAACUCCAGGGCCAACUACGCUGAGAGCGAUAAUCUCGAUGAGGAUGGAUAAGGCAUAAUAAUAUGUGUACAUAAAUUCCAAAUCCAAUGAACAUAAACAUAAAUAUAAACAAUAAACAAAAACAAUAAACAAAAAGAAUAAACAAAA